UUUCUCGCUAGGUGAAUCUGAUUUAUUUUCAAUUCAGUAUUUUUUUCUUGGUCAAAAUAAGUUUUCUGUAAAAAAAAAAGUUACCAACUUCAGACAAUGCCAAUUUCAGUGAGAGAUAUUUGUACGAGGUUGUAUAACUUUCGAUAUCUAGAGGAAAUUAACUCGCUGGCGGCGAAAAGGCACGUGCUCAGUGGUACGUUGUUCGACCGAGAUGAGAUUCGAAAUCCAUUAAAAUCAACGCAUUGAAAUAGAAACCUAAGUAGAACGGCGACCAAAAAAGUCAGAAGAUGAUGGUGUUUUAAUAAUAUCCUGGGGUGGUGUCGUACUUUAGAAGAGUUCGUUUUGGGUCACAAUGUUAGCCGUUUCUGAUCAGUGGCCUACAUCCAUCUCCGCGAUACUGGUUCAGGCUAGAUCUUUCCAAUCAAUAUUUACCGUACGACCAGGAAACAGUCAGCGGUACCAGAGGCGUUCGAUCUGCCGUUUAGUUCGCUAGCUAGUCUGCGUCAGAAGUUGUCCAGUCCACAGAGCAGCGUGGUGACGGUUCUUCUGCUCCUGCUCCCCCCCACCCCAAGAUAACACCUGACCGGCUACUCGCCUCGUACCGUCCAACAACAAAUUGUUCAACACCUUAUAUAACAUUCACUCUAUUGUUUUACUGGUUAUCUUAAUUUUUCUCGAGAGGAGACUACACAAAGUAUCAACGGUUGCAGAGGGCGCUGUGAUGAAGAACCAUGGUAGCGGACCAUAGUGCCUUCGAGUAUGAAGGAGAAUAUGAUAUUGAAAAGGAUAUUCCACCUGAAAAAGAACAAUAUCCCAAUCCUGACUGCCGGACUCCAAAGUACAGAACGAUUUUUGAUGUCGUUAGAACAGGGACCUUGGAAGCUGUUGAAUUUCUAGUUGGAAGGUAUGGGCUAGGCAUUCUGACUGAACGAGAUGAUCUAGGUCACACACCAGCCCACUGGGCAUGUAUCGGUGGUCAUGCUGACAUUCUGGAAUAUAUGGUGGAACAUGGCGUUCCAGUGGAUUCUCCUAGUCUGAGUAAAGUAGCGGCCCUCCCUAUUCACUGGGCCUGUGUCCACGGUCACAUUUCUGUAGUCGAUAUUCUGAUACAGCAAACUUUCCAUAAAAUACGACAACGAGAAAAGCAUUAUUUACAAAUCCAAGAUGGAAGUAGUGAAGAUUCACCAGAACAAAGAGAAGAACACCAACCGUCUGUUAACCAACUUUCCAACCCACCUUUUGACUAUCCUAAGACACCAGCAAGUGAAAGGACAGAAGAUAAAAAAAGACACCAUGACAGAACUUUAAAAAAAGUGUAGAGUAUCUUAGGGAAAUUUCAU